AUGACAGGUUCUACUGGUGAUUCCAAACCAAUUAGAAUACUACUAGAUAGUAUACAUUUCAAUGAAAUAAGAAAGGCAAUCAGGUCAAGAUCAGUUGGAUGGGAUGCCUUAAUUAGGGCUGAGAUUAUAAGUCAAACUGAUGGGGUAACAGCUAAACGGUUGGAGAAGGUUCUAGUUAAACAUGAAAAACCUGAAGAAUCGGGUACCGAUAAUGAAUCUCUUUUGAAAAUUGAUGAUGAGGUUCUUUUAUCUUUGCUUCGUAUUUUGAAAACUUCUGAUAGUAUGGAGAGUCAAAAGGCUACGCAAAAUUUGAUUGCUGAAUUAUUAUCAUCUGAUGAAUAUUCUGAUGUUACUGUUAGAUUUUUCCAAGAGAAUCCUGAACAAGUUCAAGAGUUAUUUGAUGUUUCUAUGGUUAGAGGUGAUUCACAAACUGUUCUUAUUUCUGCUUUCAAUUUAGUUUCUUUAUUGAUUCAAGAUAAAUUAAAUGAAAAUAAAGAGAUGGUUAUUCAAAUUUUUGAAAAUGAAAAUUUUAUAAAGUUAUUACAAAAUUAUGAAAAGACUGAUACAUGUUAUGUUUGUAUUAGAUUAAUUCAAGAAUUGAUGACUAUUAAAUCAUAUAAGAAGAUUGUUUGGGAUAAUGAAGCCAAAAUUGUGCCUACUUUAUUUAUUAUUAUCAAGAGAGCCAUUAACGAGACAACAUCUAGUAGUAGUAGUACUAGUAGUAGUAAUGGUGGUGGUCGUAUGUUUGUCCCCACGAUUAAUAAUAAUUCCAAUAAUUUAGGGAUUCAAAUUCAAUAUUAUUCACUAUUAUUAAUUUGGUUAAUGACAUUUAAUUCCAAUUGGGCUCGAGAAUUUAUUAAUAAAUAUUUGGAAGAUUUUUUGAAACUAUUAAAAUUAAUUAAAGUUACCAUAAAGGAGAAAAUAUCUAGAUUAUCCAUUUCAAUAAUUUUACAAUGUUGUUCCAAUCGUGUCAAGGGUAAUAAGCAAAUCAUCAAAGAUUUAAUUCUUUUGGGAGAUGGUAUCCCUACUUUACAAUCAUUAAGUGAAAGGAAAUAUUCUGAUGAAGAAUUAAGAAAUGAUAUAAUUGAAUUAAAGGAAAUUUUGGAAGAUGAAUAUAAAGAAUUGACCUCAUUUGAUGAAUAUAUUGCAGAAUUAGAUUCUAAAUUAUUAUGUUGGUCUCCACCUCAUAUUGAUAAUGGAUUUUGGUCAGAUAAUAUAAAUGAAUUUAAGGAAAAUAAUUGGAAAAUCUUUAAGAAAUUGAUUAAUUUAUUGAUUGAUAUUGAAAAAUCUGGAAGUAGUACAACUACAUCACAAACCAAAUUAAUCUUACAAGUUGCACUAAAUGAUAUUACUCAUGUUAUUGAAUUAUUACCUGAAAGUGUUAAUGUCUUAAGUGAAUUAGGUGGUAAAGUAGUGAUCAUGGAAUUAUUAAACCAUUCUGAUUCCAGAGUGAAGUAUGAAGCGUUAAAGGCAACACAAGCAAUGAUUGGAUAUAAAUUCAGAUAG